GUUGGGUGUGAGAGAGCAUCACGAACGAACACGCACGCCCGCACGCACGCACGCCCAAUGACUGCCGUGGCGCCCGCUGGCCUGCCGCCGUCUCACCACCACCACCACCACGCCGCCGUACACAGCAAGCUGGACAUCAUGGGCGAGUCGGACGUCAAUGUGCACGCAGCCGGCUCGCGCGAUGGGCCAGGCGGGGCCAAGCGCAGGGCCGCCGACGAGGGCGGCGAGAGCGAGCGCAGCAAGAAGGCCAAACAGCAGCAGCCAGCGGCACCGCAGCUGGUCCAGCUCCGGGGCAACAAGCUGGCGCUGCGCCAAAAGGCCGUCGACUGGACAAAGAGCAUGAGCACGCUCCAGGCAAUCCUCGCGCUCAACAACUACCUCUCGGGCCUCGAUGCGCCGCUGGAGAGAAUCCCAGAGGAGCAUCUGCACGUCGUGGCCAAGCUGACGCAGGAGAGCGACAAGACAUCGCUCGAGCUUGCCAGGUCGAUCCGAAAGACGGUGAUACCCGAGGCCGACGCGGACAGCGGCAGCAGCAGCAGCAGCAGCAGCGGUGGCGCAGACGACUGCGCAGGCGGCCCUGCGACGACGGCCGUCGCUGCGAUCCAGGCCGCCGUCGAGACGGUCGCCGAGCGCGUCAACUACGGCCUUGCCUCGCUCCAGGAUGACGACGACGACAACGACGACGAGGCAGCAGACGUGCCGCCGGGCCUGCAGAUCUGGCGGUGGGAGGUCCGGGACACGGCACUGCUGGCGGCCGAGAACGUCGACAAGGUGCUGGCGAGGCGCGAGGAGCGGCAGCGCGCGCGCGAGGCGGCGCGCCAGUUGCUGGCCGAGAUGAGCGCCGAACAGCGCGCGUCGCUGGUUGGCAGUGGCAGCAAGGCCAAGAAGAGUGCUGCUGCCUCAAAUAGCACCGCUGCCAGCGCAACCACAGUGGCAACGGCGACGGCAGCGGUGACGGUGGCAACAACAGCACCAAACAGGACCGAGGAGAAGGAGAACAGGGAAGAGCACAGCGCGAUCGUCAAGCCGGCAGACGAGGAGUCAAGCGCGACGGUGACGAAGCUUGCCGUCAAGCGCGCGCCCAAGAAGGCCGUCGAUGCCGACGAGGAGGCCAGGCGCGAGGCCAAGCGGCAGGAAAAGGAGGCCAAGCGCGCCGAGCGGCAGCAGCGCGACGCGGCAAAGGAGGCGCAGCGCCAGGCGGCCGAGGCGAAGCGGCACAAGGCCGAGCAGGCCAAGAAGAAGCAGGCCAGCAUGAUGUUCUCGCUCUUCCAGCCGCGCGACGCCGCGUCGUCGGCCUCGCCCAGCAAGCAGCAGCAGCAGCAGCAGCAGCCGCAGCAGCAGUCCGACUUUGAGAAGACGUUUCCGGCAUGCAACUACCGCGACAUGGCCCCCGUCAACCGCUUCUUCCGUGCUGUCAGUGGCGACGACGGCGAGGGCAGCAGCGAGCAUUCCUGCGCGACACUGCUCGACGACUUCAAGGCCAGAGUCGGUCGAAGCAGCAGCAGCAGCAGGCGUGCCCGCCGGGGCAUCCACCCGCCCGUGAGCGUGCGCGAGGCGAUGCGCCUCGUCACCGAGGCCAGCGUGCUCGGCGACGAGAAGCUCGAGGAGGACGGCCGCCGGGGCCUGGCGAGCCUCGCAGACCGGCGCCGGGUGCCCAUCAAGCUCCUCUCCUUCCAGUCGGACCGCCGGCCAGCGUGGUACGGCACGUGGACGCGGGCCACCAACCUCGUCGGCGCGCGCCGGCCGCUGGGCCAGGACCCCGUCGCGCUCGACUACUCGUACGACUCCGACGCCGAGUGGGAGGACGCAGACGCGAUGGAGGGCGACGACGUGCAGGACAACGACGAGCGCGACGACGACGAUGGCGACAGCCGCUCCGACGGCGACUCGGAGAUGGACGACUGGCUCGUCGACGAUCUCGAGGAGGAGGACGACGAAGGGGAAGAGGGCGACCCCUUUGCCAACGGCGACCCUUUGAGUAACGACGACUUGGACGACGACGUCUUCGAAGUCAGCGCCAAGGGCAACCGCGUGGCCAAGGCGGCGAGGAGCCUGCUCAUGCCCUCGUCCAAGUCGUGCAAGCCGUCGACGUCGGCGAUGGCCGGCAGCAGCAGCAGCAGCAAGAAGAAGAAGAAGCGCAAGAUCAAGUCGAUUGGCCGCCGCUUCGAGACGAAGCUCGUGCCCUUCCAGACGGGGCCCCACUGGGAGGCCGUCGUGGGCCAGCCGAGCUAUGAGGGCUUCCGCGGCUACCAGAUUGAUUUUCUCAGCGAUGCGGGCCCGGGCCUCAAUCCAUUCACCUUUGAGUCUGCCCCGCCGCCGCUGAGCGAUAUUGGAGCCGCGUCGUCGUCAGCAGCACCAGCAACAGCAGGCCACGUGGCUGCGCCUGGCUCCUCGACGGCGACGGGGGCUGCCACUGCGACUGGCGCCUCGCCUGUGACUAUGGCAGCGACGGGCGCCUCCACGGCAACACAGGCCAAGGCCAGCGCCUUUCCACCCGCGCACCUGGCCGACCUGCUGCGCGCCAUCGAGGGCGACACGACCAUCCGCGCCGUCCUCGUCGAGACGCUGCGGGAAAAGUUCAGCAGCGUCAAGGGCGCCAGCAAGGGCGCCAUCGAUGCCUGCGUCGCCGUGUAUGCCGAGCGCGAGGGCAAGCGCGCCGGCAGCCGCUGGGUGGUCCGGCAGCCGUUCCGGAAACAGGCAGGCCUCUGAGUGUGGACAUAGAGCAGCAGCAGCAUCCAUCUUUUCAUUAGCAAUGGCCAUUCAUCUUGAUCUC